AUGAAGACAAGACUGAACACAAGCCAGAAGACAAGCCCGGAGACAAGCCCGGAGAUAAGCCCGAAGACAAGCUGGAAGACAAGCCGGAAGACAGACCGGAAGAAAAGCCUGAAAACAAGCAGCAAAACAAGCCCGAAGACAAGCCUGAAUACAAGCCGGAAGACAAAUCGGAAAACUAGCCUGAAAAGAAGCCUAAAGACAAGUCCUAAGACAAGCCCGAAGACAAGGCGGAAGAAAAGCCCGAAGACAGGCCGGAAGACAGACCGUAAGACAAGCCUGAAUACAAGCCGGAAGACAAGCCCGAAGUCAAUCCCGAAGACAAGCCCGAAGACAAGCCCGAAAACAAGCCCAAAGACAGGCCAAAAGACAAGCCCAAAGACAAGCUCGAAGACAAGCCUCAAGACAAGCCCGAAGACAAGCCUGAAUGCAAGCCGGAAGACAAGCCGGAAAACUAGCCUGAAAAGAAGCCUGAAGACAAGUACGAAGACAAGCCUGAGGACAAGUCCGAAGACAAGCCGGAAGACAAGCCCGAAGACAAGCCUGAAGAAAAGCUUGAAGCCUGAAGACAACCCCGAAGACAAGCCCGAAGACAAGACGGAAGACAGGCCGGAAGACAAGCCCGAAGACAAGCAGCAAGACAAGCCCGAAGUCAAGCCCAAAGACAAGCCCGAAGACAAGCUCAAAGACAAGCCUGAAGACAAGCCAGAAGACAAGCCAGAAGACAAGCCUGAAUACAAGUACGAUAACAAGCCUGAAGACAAGCCCGAAGACGAGCCCGGAGAUAAGUCCGAGGACAAGCUGGAAGACAAGCCGGAAGACAAGCCGGAAGACAAGCCCGAAGACAAGCCCGAAGACAAGCUGGAAGACAAGCUUGAAGGCAAGCCUAAAAACAUGUUUGAAGACAUGCCUGGAGACAAGCCUGGAGACAAGCCUGAAGACAAGACUGAAGACAAGCCAGAAGACAAGCCCGAAGACAAGCCCAAAGACAAGCCGGAAGACAGGCCGGAAGACAGGCCGGAAGACAGACCGGAAGACAGACCGGAAGACAAGCCCGAAGACAAGCCCAAAGACAAGCUGGAAGACAUGCAGGAAGACAGGCCGGAAGACAGACCGGAAGACAGACCGGAAGACAAGCCCGAAGACAAACCUGAAGACAAGCAGCAAAACAAGCCCGAAGACAAGCCUGAAUACAAGCCGGAAGACAAGCCGGAUAACUAGCCUGAAAAAAAGCCUGAAGCAAGCCUGAAAACAAGCCUGAAGACAAGCCGGAAGGCAGACCGGAAGAAAAGCCGGAACACAAGCCCGAAGAGAAGCCCGAAGACAAGCAGCAAGUCAAGCCCGAAGACAAGUACAAAGACAAGACUGAAGACAAGCCCGACGACAAGCCCGGAGAUAAGUCUGAAGACAAGAUGGAAGACAA